GAAACUAUUCUAUCCUAACCUCAACUUUAUGGCUGAUAAUUCUAUCACUUUUGUGUGCUUUUGUGUUGUCGUUGUGACUCUCGUGAAAUGUUCGUUAGUUUUUUAAAUUAAAAAAAGAUUUUCGCAUAUCUAAUUUGGAAUGUUUGCUCAAGAUAAUGGUUCUUGAAUCUAUUCAAUUAUGUGAAAAGUUGCGUCGAAAAAUUGGAAAUCAGAUAAACUCCAAAUAUGCCUGCUUUUCCCUACGUAUCACGAAUCAACCAAAUUGAUGCAACUCAAUUGGAUUACGAAAUCUACGACAUCUUUCGAACACAAUCAAAGAAAAUCACAAAAUUCAUUCAGCCAGGAAAGAUCGACAAAUGGCAACCAGAGGUCGAUGUCCUCAUCAAGUUCCUCAUUUGGUACCACUCCUUACGAAAAGGAAGUGCAACCUUCGGACAGGAACUUCUCAACAUGAAAUAUGCCAACUUCAGUCAAGAGAAAGCUUUUCUCCAUUUCCUGCUGACAGCAUUGCCCAAAUAUGUUCAAGAGAGGCUGAUAGAAUCCCAAUUCGUUGUAAUUCCUUACAACAAGACACGAUCUUAUUUAGAGUGGACUGCAAAUAUCAUUCAUUUACUCGAUUUCCUCAAUUUGUUACUCUUUUUACACCGAGGAACGCAGCCUAAUUUAAUAGAAAUGUCAUUAGGAAUUUCUAGUCAACCUGCACUGAUGCACAAACCGCGAAGCAUAGGAUAUUCCUACAUGACGAGAGAGUUGCUCUGGCAUGGAUUGAUUGAAUUAUUUACCGUCGUUUUGCCGAUGGUGAAUUUUUAUUACAUCAAAGAAAAGUGGAAUCAAUUGUGGUCAAGGAGAAAAGUGGACACGGGUUCAAAAAUGUAUCCUCGGAUGAAUCAAUCGACGAAUUGUCCGUAUUGUAAUCAAAGGCCGAUCUUACCGAGGCACGCGGGUUGCGAGCACGUGUUUUGUUAUUAUUGUCUGCAAGCGCAUUUUACGGCAACUGAUACCUUUCCUUGUCCCAAGUGUGGGACGAACCUACUUUCCACGGAUAUGAAACUUUAUGUGGCAUCGAACUAAUCUUUUCUACAAGUAACGAUUUUUUGGUGAUGAAAAAAAAACAACAAAAUGCAUCUAAAUUGUUUGAAUAUUCAAGCCAAAGUAGAGUUCUUAACCCUUGAAGGGCAUACUGGGUGUCAAACACCCAGUGACUUGUUUGCGUUUAAAAAAAACGUACCAAAUUCAAGAAAA